AGAGGCCUAAGCCGGAGUCCCGGCCUGUGUAGGCCGAGCGGGAAUGGCUGGUCGAAGUCUUACCCCUAAGGCAUCUGGGUUAUCAGUCAGUGCAAGAAAAAUUAAAGAUAAUGCAGCAGACUGGCAUAAUUUAAUGAUGAAGUGGGAAACACUGAACGAAAAUGGAUUUACCAGUGCUACCAAAAUUGUGAACAUCAAAAUUGCUACACAGUUUAAAGAUAAGUUGGAGAUAAAAUGUGAUGAAGUAGCCGCUGAUGAUGGAAGACUACUACCAGUUUAUAAUGCUGAGUUGGAACAGUACUGCACAGAACUACUUGGGACCUUUGAAAAGAUGACAAAAAUACAUCAGAAAAUGGAAAAGCUGUGUUCAACCACUAAAGGAAUCUGUGACUUGGAAAAAUACAAUCAUGGGAACCACAGGACACCAUUGUUCCAUACAUGGCCCACCCCCUAUUUCUAUGAAGCUUCUGUCAAACUCUUAGAAAUGUACUCAAAGGAACUGAAACUGAAGGAAACUAUUGUGCAAGAGAUGGCACAUACUUCCGACCAGGAUCUCUCAAUGGUCUACUUGUCAUCAUGGUUGUAUCAGCCUUACGUUGAGCAAAGCAGCAAAGUUCUGCUGGAAAGCAUGUUGCUGGAAACAGGGCACAGACCACUCUAAGCACUUCAGAUCUACUUGCAAAGCAGUCUCCUGCCCCGAAAAACCCUUGGAUGAAAGUUUGCAGACUCUUCUAAUGUUAUUUGUUAAUUUGUUGAAGAACAGUCUUAACUUAUUUUAAAAUAAUUAUUUGGUUUUUUAAAAAAAUACAAUACUAUUCUGACAGGUUUUUUUAAAACUUCGUUGAUACUGGUUUUGUUAUGACUUUUGUAGAGCAAAAUAGGCAAAUUUCUAAAGCAGUGCUUGACUGACAAUCUUCAAAAGGUCAGCAUUUUGUUUCAAGGUAUUUCAGCAUCUGCUGAAAAUCUGCCUCCCCCCACUUCCCAAGUUUGUACUAUAAGCAAAGUACCUUCAUACCUAUUGAUGUUUGAGGGGAUGAUCCCAAUUAUUUAUUCUGUGUAAACAAAGUAGCUGUUACUUUGUCUACACUAACUUUUUAAGUAGUAGAAUGCUGUUACCUUAGCAACUCAUUACUAGCUGAUUCAGAUUGUAGCAUUUGUUGUGACUGAAAAAGAGGCUCCUAAGCACAUGGUACCUUCCUUAUAGAUAUUAUCACUGUGAAUCUUGACAGCCUGUAUAAGAAAGGGGUGCCAUCAAUGUUCAAAACCCUCCUAAUGAUCAGGCCCAAAAAAUCAGAAUGGAGGAAAGGGGAGGCUGUUUUGUGGUAAAUAUCAAGUGCCAUAAAAGAGACAGGGACUUCCGGCUAAACAAGUAAACAAUUCCAGGUUUGGUAUAACAGAGAAAUGAAGAUGCUAACCAAUAGAAUACACUGGCAUCUCUUGAAGGUUAGUAAGAACAAAUCUUUCUCAUAUUGUGCACAGCUACAGAACAACACUAGCUUCUGAAAGGAGGAUAAGUGGCAGAUGAUGGGACUUAAGUGUGAUUAUAGUAGCAAUAAUUAACGUCAUUUUUAAAAAAGCGAAAGUCUCCCAAAGCCUGGAUGACAACAGGUAAGGCAGUUCCCUGUACCUUUUCCUAUGAAGCCAGGAAGACACCAGUUGCCCUUCUGAACAUUUAACGGCCUUCAGAUAAAGGGAGAAAUUCUGAGAAUGUAAUUUCCUUCAUCCACAAAUCGUUCACCCUCUAUUGGCUGAAAGAGCAUGCCUUAAUAACUUUACAGCUUCUACUUCAUGAAGUUAAGCAGACAGAGGUCCUGUUCAGACAUAGUGAGAAAUUAAACUCUGCACUCCUUACUUAAAUAAAACCAUGUUUUCACAUCUGCACCAAGACACUAAGAUAAAUAAAUCCUGCACCCUAUUGCAGGUCUUUCCAUUUCCUGUACACUCUAAUCCAGGUACUGUAUGGGAUACCAGCAUUUUCAGCUUCAAACCCUUAAAACAGAAAGUAAACUUGUACUGAGCAAGCCAUUUGCCAAUGCCUCAUGCUUUAAUUAAAUUAGUGUUUAAAAUAAUGCACCUUACAUUUGAAUUUGGAAGUGCUUGUGCCAUCCUCUCUUUUGCCAAGAUCCCAUGAGUUCAAGUUGAAAGAAGGCCAUUAUAUGUAACCAUCAUAUUCUGUUGUAAAAUUUGGGACUGCAUAGACUUGAGCACGGCUUUGCUUUUAAUUUUUAUUUUCUUGGUAGUUCCAAGUAGUUCCCCAUCUCAAUAUAUUUUUAACAAAUAUUGUCAACAAUCAUGUAUCUGACAAAGUCAUUCUUGGGAGAUUGUAUCAAGUAGACAAUGGAACCUAUACGGAGCAUCUCUCCCGCUUACUAAGCAGUUUAAAUAGUCUUUAGAAGUUUUGGUUAUUACGCUAAACACAUUCAGGAUAACAAAACAGGCAAUACAUUGCAUUUCAACAUUAAAUUAGAAAAAUAUAUGUUAAAAUAAUUUCUCAAAAAUAAAUCAAGAAAUAAUGCUC